AUGAAGACCCAAAACUCCAGAGGCGUUACAUCAUCGUCACCUUCCCGCCGGCGAAAGCCUCGCUUUACGUUACGGGGUCGGAAGAAGAAGGACGGCGUGAUCCAAGCCAAGCUUCGCCUACGUUCUAUUGCUGGAGCCUUCCUGGUGCUGGGGAUCAUUGUGGUCACGGUGGGCACCGCUCUGGCCGUGGCCGGAUACCGAAUCUCACGUUUGUCCGUUCUGGGAGCCGCAGAGGGCAGUCGUGUUUCUGAACCUCAAGGGGAUUGGAGUCUGGGAGCUAAGGGCUUCCUGUCAACAGUCAGCAUGAUCCACUGCGAGCGGAUGAAGCUGCUGGGUCCUGUCAUCAUGGGGGUGGGACUCUUCAUCCUCAUCUGUGCCAACACAGUCUUGUAUGAGAACCGUGACAGAGAGACUCAGAUGCUGCUGGCUCAGAUGCGCAGUGUAAUCUGCUCCGUGUCUGCUGCCGUGCCCUCAGCGGACCUCCAACAAAUGGCAGUAGCCAACUCCAUGUCCAAACAUCACUGGGUGAGCAGUUUGCCAGCUGCCCAGCUCAACAGCUUCUGUCGGCAACAGCUGGUCAGUUCCGAACCCCUGCUGCAGACUAGAGUGGAAGGCGUCUACCAGCAAGCGGUCCUGCAGACGGAAGCCCUCCAUCAUCAAGAGUCAGCGCCCCCGGCUUCGACCCAUUCCUCCUCCCGUAACUCCAGCCAGGUGGACUUCAACACACCGUUUGAAACUGAGCUGAGUUUUAACACCCAAACCGACACCGCACUUGUAAAGCUCAAUAACUGCCUGAUGUCUGCCACCUCCAUGUCCACCCUGGGGGUGGACGACGUGGACAUUCCGGUCGCUCAGCCUCGGCGCUGCCAUAGUAUGAGCUACAGGACUAAACCUCACAUAGCUCAAACUCCUUUGUGCGUGGAAAAAGCGCUUCAUAGAGAGGAAAGUGACACCGAUCAACCAGUAACGAGAAGAGAACCUCUUGCACGAGUUGGCGUUAACAUUCCCGAACAGGUCCCGGCUGCCACGGAGGAGCGCACUCACCAAAGCUGGCCUCGGCUAGACCUGGGCACAGGGAGACGCUACCUGAAGCUGGAGAACAAGGAGGACUCCGUGGAGAAACUGCUGGACCAGUUAGAGCAGCAGUGUUCUCAUUGGGAUAAGAGUUUUGGUUCAGGACCUUUCCAGUGA